GUGCGGGCCGCCCUGCUGGGCGCGGCGCUGGGCUGCGCGGCCGCGGCUCUGAUCCCCGCGGCUGACGUGAAGGUGGAGGUGCUGCAGAAGCCGUUCCUCUGCCACAGGAGGACCAAGUGGGGGGACAUGAUGCUGGUUCACUACGAGGGCUACUUGGAGAGGGAUGGCUCCAUGUUUCACUCCACUCACAAGCAUAACAAUGGUCAACCUAUGUGGUUUACACUUGGCAUAAGGGAAGCUAUCAAAGGCUGGGACAGAGGUUUGAAGGACAUGUGUGUGGGAGAGAAGCGGAAGCUAACUAUUCCACCAGCCCUUGCUUAUGGAAAAGAAGGGAAAGGAAAAAUUCCACCUGAGAGCACACUGAUUUUCAACAUUGACCUUCUAGAAAUUAGGAAUGGACCAAGGUCUCAUGAAUCAUUCCAAGAGAUGGAUCUUAAUGAUGACUGGAAACUGUCCAAGCAAGAGGUGAAAAUUUACUUGAAGAAAGAAUUUGAAAAGCAUGGAGCAGUGGUAAACGACACCCAGCAUGAUGCUUUGGUUGAAGAUAUAUUUGAUAAAGAAGAUGAAGACAGUGAUGGGUUUAUAUCUGCAAGGGAAUUUACAUACAAGCACGAUGAGCUGUAGAAAAGGGUGGCAUAAUUUUUUUGACACAAAUGGCAAUGACUUAGACUUUCUGGUUCUCUUGUUGUCUUAAUUCUGUGUUUUGGAGUUGACAGCUGCUGUUGGCAAAGAAACACUUUGUUUAUAUAGAAGAGAAUUUCUUUUCAUUAUGUACAAAUGUUUUAAACUAUUCUAAAGUAUGAAAAUGUACAUCCUUUUAUGCAGCAAACUUGCACAUCAGUGUGUUUUAAAUUUUGUAUUAACUUAUUUUUCAGAAAUGAAACAAACUUUCUAGUUAUCAAACAUUGUGAAAAUCAAUCCCGUUCAGUGCCUUUCUUUGGGGUAUUUUUUGUGUGUUAAGAUCACUUUCAGUGACUCCUUUAUGUAUAACUUCUAGGCUG